GUUUCCGUAGCAGACUUCAUCCAAACUGCUAUAUCUUUAAAAUGUCCAAUUCGCCGGAUAAAAAUAUAGAUGACAUAUUUCAAAGAGAUUUUGAAAAGGCUGUUUUAAGAUAUGGAAAUCGUUUUAUUGAGAUUAGGGAUGACAACGAACGUUUGCGACAAAAGAAGAAAUGCUUGAAGUCAGAAGUAAAAUCACUAAAAUCCCAAAUCAUUUCACUACAGGAAAAACUAGAAAACAAUGAUUAUAUAAUGGAAAAUGAAAUUCUUAAGGAGAAAAACUCCAUGUUGAAGUCUGAGCUAAAAGCUUUGAAGAAGAAGUAUGCUAGUCUGGAAGAACAGAGUUCAGAUAAUCAAGACAAUGAAGCAGCCAUGAAGGAACUAUACGAAAAAGCAAAGGAAAGAAAAGAACUAUUACGCAAUGAAGAGAAAAAGUGUAAACUUCUAGAGGAAUUUCAUGCAAAACUAGAGAAACAAAUCGAAGAGCUACAAGAUGAAAAUCAUAGGUUAUGGAUAUAUGUUAAUGAUCAUAAAGAGCCAAAAGAAAACUUGAAAAAACUAUCUAAUGGAAAGAAAGCAUCAUCAGUAAAAAAGGAUAAUGACACUCACAACUUUUGCAACUUUUGUCAGGUGCUUUGUGAGAGUGAUGAAAAGUUUCAGCAUCACGUACAGCAGCACUUAGAUAAAUUAAAACCAAUAAUAAGUUCAAAUUUUGCUUUUUAUGCGAAAGGGGAUAAUAAUGAAACAUUAAUCAUGUGUGAAGUUUGCCAACAUUCCUCGACGACAUCUGCAGGAAUUUUGAAGCACAUACGAAACUCUCACUUGAAUAAUGUCCAAAUUCCUAAUGUAUGCCCUAUCUGCUUGCUGGAAUUUCAGAGUUCCAGACCAUCAUCUAAUGCCCAAUCGCUCAUUAGGCAUAUCAAAACGUAUCAUGGUAGAAUGGAAAAAUGUGAUCAUUGCAAAGACACGUUCAUUAAUGAAUUUUUGAGAGAUCGACAUAUUUUUGAUAAACAUAGAAAUGAAAUUUCAAACAAGCGCAAGGCAGAUUCAUCUAUGGUUGAUAACGAUGCUAAGAGGUCAAGAAUAGAAAGUCCUCAUCAGUCUUUUGCUGAAUCGACAACUGUUGAAGAUGUUGUUUUCUUUGAAGAGAGUCAAUAG